AUGGAAAUUUUGACAUCGGAAGAUGGGCAGGACUGCUUGAGGGUGACUUUGGAAUACAUCUUUGGUGCCGAAAGCAUUUUCCUGACGGCGUCUGUGGCGUUGGCCAGUGAAAGCUGCCCGGUGGCGCAUUUGCCCAGCCUGCCGCGGGUGGGGCUGCGCAUGGUGCUGCCCAGCAGCUUUUCCAAAAUGACCUGGCUAGGCUGUGGCCCAGGGGAGACUUAUCCAGACAGAAAGGCAGCGGGUGACUGGAGCAUUCAUUGCAAGGAUGUGGAUGACCUGGGCGUGGACUACAUCGUGCCCAGCGAAAAUGGUGGUAGAGCGGAUGUCCAUUGGGCCGCCUUUACCGCCACGACGGGUGAUGGUUUGCUUUUCCAGUACCUCUGCCCGGACGCAGCUGCAUCACUAGAUGAUCCAAAGGAUGGUGCAGCUGAGCAACGGCCCAGAAACAUGCAAGGGGCACAAGUGUCCGCCUCGAGGUUGAGCUUAGAGGAGCUGGAAAAUACAUCUCAUCGGCAUUUGCUUCCAAAGGUGAACGAAUCCAGACCCGUUCAUGUUCAUUUAGAUACGGCCCAUGCGGGUGUUGGAGGAGUUGGUGAAGGAGGAUCAAAACUCUGGGCCACUGCCACGCAAUUUCUCAUCAAUCCCAAAUGCGGGCCCUGGAACUUCAGUGUGAUUCUCACCCCGAUCGAUUCAGAGACGUGGCUACAUCAUGCCACUCCAGCAGGCGCCUGA